CAUUGGCUGAGCCCUUAGCUCGGGCACCUCCCCCGCUCCGGUGACGGACACUUUGGCAUGAGGGGACGGGGGCCGAGCGUUUCUUUCGCCCCUCAGUCGCUCGACGGGCCGCCGACGCCUCCGCGCUCGCCAUGAUGAUGGAGUCGCUGCGCGUGCAGCGGCUGCAGCCGGGCGUUGGGGGCACGCUGCGCUCCCUGCGGCCUGGCGUGACGGCGGGAGCGUGCCUGGCGGCCACCUCAACUCCCCCGCCGCCGCUGCCGCCGCCCCCGCCGCCGCUCGGGCUGUCGCUUACCCUGGGGCCUCCCCCGCCGCCGCCACCCCCGCUGCCGCCUCUCCCGCCUCUCCCGCCGUCGCUCUUGCCGGGCGUGACACUCGGAUCCAGCCCCCCGGGAGCCGCGGCGACGGGUCCGCCCGCCGUGCUGAGGGAGGCCGUCGAGGCCGUCGUCAGGAGCUUCGCCAAGCACACGCAAGGCUACGGCCGCGUCAACGUUGUGGAAGCUCUCCAGGAAUUCUGGCAGAUGAAGCAAUCACGUGGUGCUGAUCUGAAAAAUGGUGCUCUGGUGGUUUAUGAGAUGGUCCCAUCUAACAGUCCUCCUUAUGUCUGUUAUGUCACAUUGCCUGGGGGGAGCUGUUUUGGCAGUUUUCAGUUUUGUCCUACCAAAGCUGAAGCCAGGAGGAGUGCAGCAAAAAUCGCACUGAUGAAUUCAGUGUUCAAUGAGCAUCCAUCCCGGAGAAUCACAGACGAGUUCAUUGAGAAGAGUGUUUCGGAGGCUCUGGCAUCUUUCAAUGGCAAUAGAGAAGAAGCAGAUAAUCCAAGCACAGGCAUUGGUGCUUUCCGCUUCAUGUUGGAGUCAAACAAAGGAAAGUCCAUGUUAGAGUUCCAGGAGCUGAUGACCGUCUUCCAGCUGCUGCAUUGGAAUGGCAGCCUCAAAGCCAUGCGAGAGAGACAGUGUUCGCGACAGGAGGUGUUGGCUCACUACUCUCACCGUGCUCUCGAUGAUGAUAUAAGGAACCAGAUGGCAAUGGACUGGGUCAAUCGGGAGCAAAAUAUCCCAGGGGCUCUUUCAAGGGAGCUGGCCUCAACAGAGCGGGAAUUGGAUGAAGCCCGGCUGGCUGGGAAAGAGCUGCGGUUCCACAAGGAGAAGAAAGACAUUCUGAUGUUGGCAGCUGGCCAGUUGGGGAACAUGCACUCGUCCAACUGUUGAGAAACCCCAGAGAGCUGUUCGGUUUCCCCUUCCCUUCCCUACACUCUCACUUCACAACCAACGUGCUAAUGGGGCAUGACCUAGAGCUUGUUACAAAAUUGAAGGGGCCAAAAUGUCCAACCAAAUUCUCCUAAUUGGCUUUCAGAUUUUUCUUACGUUAUCAGUUAUGCAACAUGCUGUUUGGAUUUUGGAUUUUUAAGUUUAAUCUGGUUGUAGAUUGUUGAGAUUUGGCAAGUGAAUAACCUAUAUUGCCAAGCAGAUAGAUACACCCACCCCCUAUUUUACUGACACACAAACGCCAUUUUUCAAUAUACUUCAGCCAGAGAGAAAUAUCUCAAAAUCUGAAUGUUGAAACUUGGUCAGGUUGAGUUUGUUCCUAAUUGAGCUUCAGUUCUAACCUGAAUCACGUCACUUAAAGAGUGUGCACAGGUGCCUGUUUUUGAAGAAUAGGAGGCCAUUUGCACAUUUUUAAAACCUCUUUGUUAAAAAAAAAAUUCUGUAUAGAUUUUAUAAUGUACUUGGAUAUUCUUAGUUAUCUUUUUUCUCUUUGGGAUAGAGAAUUUCUUAAUGAUUCACUAUAGAGCACAUUUUUAAAUGUAGCCUUUUUUAGUGUUAAAUAUACUAAUACUCAUUUAGUCCUCAAUUCUAUCCAGGUACUAUACAGUAUUAAGUGGAAAUGUAGCAUUGCCAAGAGGAUACUAGUUUUGCCAUGGAUAUAAUGCAUAAGCUGUAUGUUAGGCGAAUGUAUUCCUGCAGUUUAUGUAGUUUGAUACACUCCUCUUCCUCUUGCCACCUGAUAAGCACAGCACUUAAAAACACUCCUCUUCACUGUUCUCGAACUACUAUUAAGGUUUUUAUUCAGUUGGUUAAUGGCACCUUGUUCUAGCUGGUGUCUUGAUUGCAAGGUUCCACAGAGUUUGAGCAGUUCCCUAAUGCUGCAAGGGACGGGGUGUAUUUCGUCGUAGUGGCUGCAUAUGCGCGUCACUGUGUACCGUAGUUAAUGGCUGGCUGUCAUGUCACUCCUCCCCUAGCACAAGUGGGAGCAACAAACCGCAAUCUCUGACAUAGUGUUACAUUUGAACCAGAGAUACUGGGUUGCUUUUCUCUCUCAUAAGUAAAAUACAACUCAUCUAGUUGCGCUUCACGAAUGAAUUGCGUUCAUGCUUGAGUCACUUAAAGGAGCUUUCCAGGUUCUAGAGAUUUGAGUUCACUUUGGGACAUUCCACGCCAAAUCACCUGGUGUAAUGUGUUCUCACAACUCAAAUAUUUUAGAUUUUUUGGUCCAAAAUUGGCUGCAGGAGAAUUUUUUUUGAAAAUUUCGAUUUUCACGCGAUUUAGGCUAAUGCACUUUCUGCGUCAGUUUAGAAAAAACCUCCUGUUUCGCUUAUUUUGGUAUCAAAAUAAAUCUAAUUGUGGCCUCUUUAAAAAUUAGUUAUAAAAUGGUAUUAAGUGCCACAGAAAAGGAUCACCAACCAUUCAAAGUGAAUUUUUGUCAUUUUAUUCCUGGUAGGUUCCAACCACAACUAACACGUUUAUCAAUCUGAGUUGUGAGAACAUGGUUGAGUAUUAAAAACAGGUGAUUUUGUGUGGAGUGACCCCUUUAUAAUGAGUCUUAAUGAGGAGCUCCCCGCCUUUGGCAUUUUAGUCUCUCUCUGCUUGCCUCUUGCAGGGAAGGAAGAUAGAUGAAGUGCUGUUUCUAAGGUGCUCAGCUGAUUUAAAAGAAAAAGCCCUGACUCAUUUUCUUUCCCUGCUAGCUUCAGCUUCUUGAUGAAUGCAGAAUCCUUUGAUUGGGUUGCAGAUACCAUAGGCUUAUCUUGAGUCAAAGGGGGGAAGCACUAAUCGAGCAGCCUCCUGUGUCUUAGGAGACUGCAUUGGCAGAGCAGUCUGUGAGUUAGCCUGUCCCCCAAUAGCUAGAGCUACUUGUUUGUAAGUGAAGAACUGUGAUUGUGCAGCUGCAAGGAGAAAUGCCUCUUUGUUCGAGCAACAUUAGAAAGUUACAAAAAAUUGUAGAAUACAAACUUUAUAUAUGUAUGCACUUUUUAUAUAAAAAAGAGAGACUGAAACUAGGAGCAGGACUCUUAAAUAGCAAUACUGACUAUGUAUAUAGAGAAAGUUGCUUGAAGCUUCAGAGACAGAAGUGCUCUGCAGAUCACGUGUAAUAUGAGGGAAAGCUGAUGUAGAUGUAAGGGGGAAUCAUGUCAGCCACCCAGAAGCCAAGAUCACUCAUCUGCACUGUGAGGAGAGCAUUGUGUGUUCUGUGUCUGACUUUGUCACAUUAGCUUGGCAAAGAACUGCCUUCCAACCCACACCCUUAAGAUUUGGGACUAAGACAGUACCAUGAAGUAGCAAAAUGUGAUGUUUAAGGAUUAAAGGGGGGGGGAAGGAAAAUAGGUUGCAGAGGGGGACUACGCCUCUCAAGAGUGCCAUGUGACACUUUUGAAUAAUCUUCCUGAUUAACAGUGCAAUCUGAGGAAGUCCUGUUGAGUUCAGUGGGUUUUGUUCCCCUUUAAGUGGGUACAGGAUUGCAGCUCUAAUUGAGCUUGCUUGAGAAAAUUUUGUUACCACCUAACACUUAAAUAUCUUAUUAAGCUGAUACAGUAACAGUACUACUCCCAAUUUUCAGUGCGUAAUUUGAGGUGAAAUUGGGGCUAUACUACUUUAUUACUUUAUUAGUUGUGAACACAGAACUAGUGGGUGACUGUUACUUCCAGGUUGAUGCUAAAUCCAGUGGAAUCAUUUGUGUACAUAACAUUGACUUUAUUUUUAAAAUUGCAUAAGGAAAAUAGCAGUAGUGGUGAUUCUGACUCCGAGCUUUAUGUAGUUUACUUACGGGAGGUGGGGAGCUAUCCAGAAGCACAACUGUAGGACUGUGUGAUUGGGGAAGGGGACUAUUGGGCUAACAUUAGUGCCAUUUUGAGUGUUUCCUAUCCCGGAUUUUCAGGGUCUUACUUGUCAUCAGAACCUGUUGCACCUUAACCCAUGUACAACAACAUUCCUGUAGCCUUGGGUUUAAUUGCCAUGGUUACACUUUUAAAACGCUUCACUAUUUACAGGGUAGAAUUAGAGUUUAAUCAGAACCUCCUUGAUGUUGCCUUUCUGGUCUUGACAUUGGGCGUGGAGAUUGUUUGUGGCUGGAGGGAAUGAGGAGAGGCAGAAGACAGUGUCUCCCAUUUAUUUUCUCCCCACUUCCUUGCAAGGCAUUAGCUUAACCUUACUGUGAACAAAGAUCUUGGAUCCCUUUGAUUCUUUCUACUGAAAGGGAAAAUAGCCUGGCUUUCUGUAAUUCCAUCCUGGAAGUCAUUUUGUGUUAUAAUGUGUUUAUAGUAAUUCUUCUAUCUCAGAAGAUAAUCUUCCAGGGUAUUGUCACCAGGAAUGAUGGAGCUAGAUGACCUGUGCACUUGGACUAUAUUUUAACUAGAACAAGCCCGUGAAUUGAUACUGCCUUGAUCAAUUUGCCUUGUUCAGCACUCAGAGGGCAAAAGACAUUUAGUGGAAGAACAGUCUCAGUGCUGACAGCUGUAUAUAGCAACACAUGGUAUGUGAUAGUUUUGUUGAGUCCUUUUAUAAUUAAAACUGACAGGCCCUUGCUUAUAAUCUUAUAGGAGAUUGGUACAAAGUGAAAUUGCUGUCUAUAGGGCCCGAGAGACACAAAAUAUUUGAACCAACGUCAGCAGGUAAAACACCAGAUUGCUUCCCCAAGGUUUUUUAGUAACUUUCACAUGCAUACCAUUCCUCACAACUAAAUGGUAGUCCUGCAAAAUGUGGGUGAGGAGAAAGGGGUGUGUCGGCUGUUAAUGCACUUCUGUGUCCUUUGUGUACUGCUUAGGAAUGCAGUUGUAUACAGGAAUAAGAACUUGGUGCUUCAGGAAGUGUGGGUAGAACGCUCUGAAUUGGGCAUUAGAAGCUGAGGACAAGACACACACACACAGGGAUCCAAGUUAAGUCAUGACUAACCUGGUUCUGUUGGUUUCAGGUAGCCAUAUGUUCAACUAAUUUAGUCUAGAUACAACCCUAUGUGUACAGGAUUAUUUUCCACCUGGGAAUCGCCUUACUGAAGCUGAGGGCCUUUAGUCUCUUAGCCAGAUGGUGUAUAAGCAGGUGUAUAGUCCUUUAGUGA